AUGGUACUCUUUGUUGGAGGCAAAGAAUUCCACUUUUCGAGCAAAAAUGACAUCGGAAGUGACGUCGAAAAGGUCAUCUAUAAAGAAUUAGCCUCGCGCAGUUCUGUGCCAAACAAUAACUUGGGGGGUUUGGAGGAGGUUCAAAUCUCCUCAAGCGGAGAAAUUCUCUACGUGCAUAGGAAUGAAAUGGCCGUGGCUAAAUGCAAUUCCAGUGACGUUGACGACACACUUCCGCGUUAUGCGGGAACAUCUGAGAUGACAUUUCAACUCCUCAUUAUUCUUACAACCUCCAGGGGAUUUUCCAUCGGUCACUUCGAUCAAAGUGAUCACGAGCGGAUCAAGGACUUCUUUAAUUAUUCACUAGCAACGCUCAACAGAAGGAAUGGCGAUGAAUGCAUUGAUGUGCAUAUGGUUGGUGGAUUUAAUGACGACGUGGGGAUUUCAGAAGAACUUACAGUACGAAUACUUAGCCAUCUUAUAGGCUCUAAUCUAACGUUUCUACUGAAAACGUACUUCUGUCUGGACAUGAAUGAUCAGUUAAUUGAUAACAAGAUCCACGCACCAAUUCAUCGAGCUGUAGUACUUGAUAUUAAAUCACACAGUGUAAAGCCAGCUUCCAUUGCUCCGUCGGCACGGGGUCCCCUUUUGGUGCUACGAAACGCAUCCUUGUAUGCUCUUCCAAGGGUCCCUCGUAUGAGCAACAUUCUUGAUCCCCUUUCUCACCGACUGUGUUUCAAGCCCUUCAUGAUGCAUUGGAAGAAAAUGAUCGAACUUUCUCAGUUAGCAAGCAAACCAGAGGCAGAACUUGCACAAUAUUCCAAAACUCCCCUCCAGGAAAGUGAUCACUUCUAUAAUUUGUUGAGGCGCACCAGCGGCUUGGUAGGCUAUAUGCUGGUAUCAGGAAAUGAUUUCUUUGAAGGCAGAGAUUUAGAGUUGUCCCUGGAUGUCACUAGAAAACAAUGGAUCCCAAUGAAUCCCCAAACUGAGAGUGCCAUGAGACAUCAACUGGCCUUAAACUAUUAA